GUUCUGUUCUCGCAGCGAUCGCGACUGGAUCGUCCCACCGAGCUUUUCCCCAAGGGAUUUCCCAGAGUGAUCUUUAGAAAAAAAGUAUAUUGUUUGCAUAUUUUCGGCUAAAUAAGUGCUUCUCGAGAAGUGAUCAUUGAAUUGAGAAGUUGCGUGUACGGAGAAAACCAGAAAAACACUUUUGUGAAUUGAUGAUUGAAGAAGUGCGAUCAAUCAAGUGAUUCUUAUUCUAACAAACUCCAGUGAAUAAAAACAGCUGCCAGUAUGUCAGGCCAUGACAAUCCCACAUUCCUGGAUGACAACAUGUCCAUCCCGGGCGGCUACAAAUCUACCUACUUCCCGCAGCGCCCGCCGAAGUUCGAGCCCGAGAAUUCACAAACCUGCGAGGAGUCCGCGUCGGACUCCAUGCCGCCGGACAAGGCGGAUCAGGUGCCGCAGCGAGAGACGUGGGGCAAAGGUGUGGAGUUCCUUAUGUCCUGCAUCGCCAUGUCGGUUGGCCUUGGCAAUGUGUGGCGCUUCCCCUUCACGGCGCUCAGCAAUGGCGGCGGAGCCUUCCUCAUUCCCUACUUGAUAGUCCUGCUGCUGGUCGGUAGACCCAUCUAUUACAUGGAGAUGGCCAUCGGGCAGUUCUCCAGCAGGGGAAGCGUUAAGGUCUACGACUUCGCACCGGCAAUGAGAGGUGUUGGUUUUGGACAGUUGGUCGCGAUCAUUUGCGCCGCGACGUACUAUUCAUCCGUGAUGGCCCUGAUUGUGUCCUACCUGGUGGAUUCCUUUAAGAAUCCCCUGCCAUGGUCGAAGUGCAAGGAGAAUUGGAUCAACUGCAUUGAUUCCGAGGGACAAUCAAGUCCAGUGAAUCCGGACACGGGACUCACGACAUCGUCUCAAUUCUAUUUUCUCAAUGAAGUCCUGAAGGAGAAACCACAUAUUGAGGAUGGAAUUGGACUUCCUGAUCUCUAUCUGACCAUGUGUCUGGCAAUUUCAUGGCUUGUGGUCAUGCUGGUGCUCAUCAAGGGUGUCAAGAGUUCCGGGAAGGCUUCGUACUUCCUGGCGCUCUUUCCUUACGUCGUCAUGGGGAUCCUCCUCAUCAGAGCAGCCACUCUUCCCGGAGCCAUGAAUGGCAUCAUCUACUUCAUCACUCCUCAGUGGGAUCAGCUGCUGAAUCCACAGGUUUGGUACGCCGCUGUGACGCAGUGCUUCUUUUCCUUGUCCGUGUGCUUCGGCAACGUGAUCAUGUACGCUUCCUUCAAUAAGUUCGAUCACAACAUUUACCGAGACGCCAACAUCGUCACUACUCUGGACACCUUCACGUCUCUCCUGGCUGGCUUCACAAUCUUCGGCAUUCUUGGCCACUUGGCGCACGAGAUUGGCACUGACGAUGUGUCGACGGUGGUUGUGUCUGGCGCUGGACUCGCCUUCAUCUCCUACCCAGACGCAAUUGCCAAGUUCGACUUCCUACCGCAAAUGUUCUCCGUGCUGUUCUUCUUUAUGCUCUUCGUGCUGGGCAUCGGCAGCAACGUCGCCAUGUCCUCCAACAUUUGCACUGUGAUAAGGGAUGAGUUCCCUAAGAUCAAGAACUGGCAAGUCUCCAUCGCCGUCUCACUCAUCGGCCUAGCGUUGGGCUCCGUCUACGUCACGCCUGGCGGCCAGUUCAUCCUGGAGCUCGUGGACUACUUCGGCGCCUCCAACAUCGUGUACGUGCUAGCGAUUGGGGAGCUCGUGGCGCUGCACUACAUCUACGGCCUGGGCAGGUUUUGUCGCGACAUCGAGUUCAUGAUCGGCAAGCGUCCUGGUAUGUACUGGCGACUCACGUGGGGCUUCAUCACGCCCGCUCUCCUGCUCGCGAUCUUCAUCUACACCCUGGCCAUCUACACUCCGCUCACGUACCGCGGCCAGACCUAUCCGGACGCCGCGUACGCCUGCGGAUGGACGCUGGCGGCCUUCGGGGUGUUCCAGCUGCCCAUCUGGGCGGCCGUGGCUGUGAUAAAACAGGAGGGCAACACGUGGAGGGAGAAGUUUUUGGGUGCGUUCAAGCCCAAUCCCAAUUGGGGCCCGGUUGUGCCCUCAAUUGCCGAGAAGUACCGCAAAUUCAGGGCCACAGAGGACAACAAGGCGCUGUUCGAGAAUGACGGGCUCAUUGCCAAGAUCAAGAGGACACUGUUCGGCUGAUCAUUCAGUUCCUGAAUCUCCUCUCUACGCAUGUAUUUAUCGUUUCCUUUUUACCGCUUUAUUUCUAAGAAAUAAAAUAAGACAUGUCGCCAAACUUCUAUUAACUCGUGAUUGAAUUUUCAGAAGUUUUCUUAUCAAUGUCCUGUCCUUAACAUCCCUUCCUAAGAUCAUAAA